CCAGAAAGACGCCUGAACGAUGAUAAACCCGCUUUUAUACUCGGUGUAGAGCGUAAAUGAGCUGAAAGAGAGCUGCCGGACAAACCUGCUGCGUGUUUCUGAAAGCAGAGUAAAGCUCAGACAGGAAGGGCAGGUUCAGGCAAACAGGAAGUGCAGGACGUCAGCGGCGGGCAAGCCCACCGCAGCCCGAGCUGAAAGCAAAAUCCAGACUCAGCGCCGGCAUGGAGUCUUUGCUCAGGUCACCAAUGAAACUCAUACUUUUGACAGCAUGGCUCUCCAGUCUGAUGGACCCAUGCAGCCUCUCUGACAUCUGUGAUUCCUGCCACCAUCUCGCCACCUGUAAGGCCCUGAAUGGAUCCAACAACGCCUGCUUCUGUAACCACGGAUACACCGGAGACGGAACCACGUUUUGUAACGACGACAACGAGUGCCAGAAUGUGACCAACAUCUGUGGCGAUAGGGGGCGCUGUACCAACACUGCCGGCAGCUACUACUGCACAUGUGUGUCCGGUUACAACUCAACUGGAGCGGCCCAGUUCCAGCCCAACGACGGCACCGAGUGCACCGAUAUUGAUGAAUGCCGGUCCGGACAGCUCUGCGGCCCAAACUCACACUGCCAUAAUACGAAUGGAUCUUUCUAUUGCACCUGUCAGCGCGAUUACAUCCCAACUUCAGGCUCUAAGCACUUUAAUCCAGAGAGAGGUGUAAGAUGUAAAGAGCAUCCCCAGAAAUUCUGCCACGACAACAUCGACUGCAUGACACGAGCUGUCAACAACACACUGGAGUCUAUGAGCAGCCUCACCGAGCCUCAGACUCUGCUGCAGGAAAUCAGUCUGCAGACAUCCGGAGAACUCACCUCGGUGGAAGUGAUCGCAUACGUCGAGGCCUUGAGCCGCUCGACAUCAACGAAAGAUUUCACCGUCAAGCCGUCUGCUGUCAACGCCACGCUCACGAAACUGGUGAAAGCGGUGAACAACCUGGUGGAGAAAGACGAGCUGGUGGCCUGGAGCCGAAUGAAAGAGGAGCGUCGAGGACAAACCAUCACCAAGCUGCUGCACGUCGUCGAGGAAAGCAGCUUGUCUUUGGCCACAAACUGCAAAACUCCGGCCGAGAUCCAAAUCAAAGCUCCAGAAAUGGAGUUAAUACUCUUCACCUUCGAUGCUCAACACGCCAAACCCAAACUGUUGGCUUCCAUGGGAGGAGAUCACAUAAAUCUGAUGCCCAAACUGAAGCCAGAGGACGACAGAAACGGAAGCGUGUCGGUGGUGUUUGUGCGCUACGACAGCAUCUCUGACAUCCUGAAGCCGAGCAGCGACCCGGGCGUCACCGACUACUCCAGGUACGCAGGAAGCGGGGAAAUCACCGUCAACUCCCAGGUCGUCGCCGCCGCCGUCAGACCUGCUGCAUUCUACCAGCUAGAGCAGGUCACCUACACCCUGAGGCACAAUAAGCCCAUCGACACUAAAGCCGACGUGACCAAAUGCGCCUUCUGGGAGUACGAAGCGGACAACCUGCAGGGCCGCUGGGCGACUCACGGCUGCAACACGCUGCAUGUCAGCAGCAACGCAACCACCUGCUCCUGCAACCACCUCACACACUUCGCCAUCCUCAUGUCCUCCGGACGAGCCAACCUGGCGGCCCACUACACCAUCCUGACCCGGAUCACCCAGCUGGGGAUGAUCAUCUCCCUCAUCUGCCUGUCCAUGUGCAUCUUCACCUUCUGGUUCUUCAGCGAGAUCCAGAGCACCAGAACCACCAUCCACAAGAACCUGUGCUGCAGCCUCUUCAUGGCCGAGUUCAUCUUCCUGGUGGGCAUCAACAUGAUCUCGCACAAGCUCUUCUGCUCUGUGAUCGCCGGGCUGCUGCACUAUUUCUUCCUGGCGGCCUUCGCCUGGAUGUGCAUCGAGGGCAUCCACCUGUACCUGAUCGUGGUCGGCGUCAUCUACAACAAAGGAUUCCUGCAUCGCAACUUCUACGUCUUCGGCUACGGCAGCCCAGCGGUGGUGGUGGCCAUCUCCGCCACGCUGGGAUCCAAGUACUACGGCACCGAUAAAGUGUGUUGGCUGAGCACGGAAAACCACUUCAUAUGGAGCUUCAUUGGACCUGCAUGUCUGAUCAUCCUGGUUAACCUCCUGGCUUUCGGAGUGAUCAUCUACAAGGUGUACCGGCACACGGCUGUGAAGAAGCCUGAGAUCAGCCACUAUGAGAACAUCAGGUCUUGUGCUCGUGGAGCCCUGGCGCUGCUCUUCGUCCUCGGUGCCACCUGGACCUUCGGCGUUCUGCACAUCCUCCAUGAGACCACCCUGACGGCGUACCUGUUCACCAUCUCCAACGCCUUCCAGGGGAUGUUCAUCUUCAUCUUCCUCUGUGUGCUGUCCAGGAAGAUUCAGGAGGAGUACUACAGGCUUUUCAAAAACGUGCCGUGUUGUUUCGAAUGCCUGAGAUGAAUCUGAACAAUAAUAUCACAGCAGCAUCCUGUGACUCGUGCUUUUAUUUUUGUAAAAAAAAAAAAAAAAAAAAACACUGUGAGAGGAAUAGUUUAGUCCAGACGUUUAAUAAAUGAGACACUACCUAUAGAUUCUGCUUGUUUCCUUUGUAUUCAUGAACUUUCUGCACCAUAAAUCCACUCAGAUAUGUUACAAACUCUCUCACAGUCUGCUGAUAAUAAAUGUUUUGUGUGUUUUCAGUUUAAUUCAACACCUUCUUUGUUCCCGUGUUUGAAAAUUGUAAAUUAUUAAAAUGAAACGUGGCGAACCGA